AUUAUUUGCCUGUUUUCUUACAACAAUUAUGAUUACAAACGAUAAAAUCGUCUAUAUAUCUACUUUGGAGAUAAUUCAAUUGCAUCUCCUCUCUUUUGUGUACGGCUGGUAUUUAAUAGUGCAAAGAUUUUUAAAAUGGGUUUGGGAUCCGAAAAAGUUUUUUAUGAUGAAACAGCGCGAUAAACCCCCACCUUGCCUGGUAGACAAUAACUUAGGAACUCAUUCUUAUGUAAAAAUCAGGGGUGUAAAAUUUCAUUAUGUAGAAGCUGGAAAUAAAAAUAAGCCACUUAUACUAUUUUUGCAUGGAUUUCCUGAUUGUUGGUUAUCCUGGAGAGAGCAAAUACCAUGUCUUGCUGAACAUUACAGAAUAGUAGCAAUAGAUUUAAAAGGAUUUGGAGAUAGUGAUAAACCAUCAACUAAACGUUCUUAUACAAUUCAUGUUUUAAUUGAAGAAUUAAAACAAUUUAUUUUAACUUUUGGAGUUAAAAAGUGCAGUAUAAUUGGUCAUGAUCUUGGAGGACUUUUAGGAUGGUAUAUGGUGGCCUUACAUGGGGAUAUGAUUCACAAAUUUGUAGCAAUUUCAUGCCCACAUCCUAAUUUUUAUUGGAACUGGAGACCUGGUGCUUCUGUGUUUGAUUUAAAAUGGAUGCAUUUUAGUAGAUUACCAUUUCUUCCUGAAAUUGAUGCUCUAAAGGAAGAUUUAUCAAUUAUAAAUGAUGCAUUUCAACAUCUUCAACUAAAUGAACCAAAUAAUGAACAGAAUUAUGUGGAAGCAUAUAAGUAUGCAUUCAGUAGGAGAGAAGAUUGGACAGGUGCAAUCAAUUAUUACAGAAAUCUUCCCUUUAUACGUCUUAAUAUAGAUACUUGUGAUCAGAUUUCUACUCGAAUUUUACUUAUAAUUGGAAAUAUGGACCCAUUUGUUACAAUAGAAAAUAUGAUACAAAGUUCUGAAUAUAUUGAAAAAUUUAAUGUAAAAGUGAUCUCAGGAGCUCAACAUUUUCCACAUCAAGAAAUGCCAGAUAAAGUAAAUACGGCAAUUUUAAAGUUUUUCAUGGGUACAAUAAAAAAGAACACCAUGGAAGAAACACUACCUAAGAAUAUGAUGUCUUCAUGGUUUGGGUCUCUAAGCAACACUGUUAAGUAUGGUAAUCAUAUGUUUGAUACUGUUCAUAAAAAAACGAGUAGUGUCGCAAAUCUUUUACCUAGUAGAGUACUUUACUUAGGUCAAACUACAAAUUAA